AUGGAGGCAGCCGCAGCCCUUUUGGUUUUUUAUUAUGAAUGUCGUGGGGAGCGUGUCUCUACUCUCACCUUCCUUCGUCUGGCAGAUCUUCGGGACACGGCCUUGUUAACUCUAAAGUUUAAGUUUAAUCCUAGACUGGGCAUUGACAAUCCUGUCCUCUCCCUGGCUGAAGACCAGGACCAAUCUGAUCCCUGGAACCUGCACCGGCCUCGCUUCUGUCUGUUGAGCAAGGAGGAGGAAAAGAGUUUUGGGUUCCAUCUGCAGCAGCAGCUCGGCAAGGCUGAUCAUGUGGUGUGCAGGGUGGAUCCAGGCUCCUCUGCCCAGCGCCAGGGUCUCCGGGAAGGAGAUCGGAUCCUAGCAGUGAACAAUAAUAUUGUGGAACAUGAGGACUAUGCGGUGGUGGUGCGUUACAUCCGGGCCAGCGGUCCCCGGGUAUUGCUGACAGUCUUGGCACAGCAUGUGCAUGACGUGACUCGUGCCCAGCAAGGGAACGAUGCUUUCCCCUGUCCGACCCUAGCCUCGGGGGUCAGGCCCCGGUUGUGCCAUGUGGUAAAAGAUGAAGGUGGCUUUGGCUUCAGUGUCACCCAUGGAGCUCGAGGUCCUUUCUGGUUGGUGCUCAGUGCAGCAGGAGCUGCUGAGAGGGCAGGGGUGCCCCCUGGGGCCAGGCUCCUAGAAGUGAAUGGGAUCUGUGUGGAGAAGUUCACUUACAACCAGCUCAAUAGGAAGCUUUGUCAGAGUGGAGAUCGGGUGACUCUGCUGGUGGCAGGGCCAGAGGUAGAGGAACAGUGUCACCAACUGGGAAUGCCUCUUGCUGCACCCCUGGCGGAAGGCUGGUCACUGCCCGCCAAGCCCCGGUGUUUAAACAUAGAGAAAGGGCCUCAAGGCUUUGGGUUUCUGCUCCGGGAGGAGAAGGGCCCGGAUGGUCGACUUGGGCAGUUCUUGUGGGAGGUGGAUCCAGGACUGCCAGCUGACAAGGCCGGGAUGAAGGCUGGAGAUCGCCUGGUGGCUGUGGCUGGGGAGAGCGUGGACGGGCUGGGCCACGAGGAAACAGUGUCUAGGAUCCGAGCACAGGGCUCUUGUGUCUCCCUCGUCGUCGUCGAUCCUGAGGCUGACCGCUUCUUCAGCAUGGUACGCCUGUCUCCCCUCCUCUUCUUGGAGAACACCGAGAUUGCUGCUGCUCCUCUGGCAGAAACCAAGGAUCUUCCAGUGGAAGACACAGUUGAGCCUUCUGGCUUUGCUGGCUCUCGCCAAUGCUUCUUGUACCCUGGGCCUGGAGGUGGCUAUGGAUUCAGACUCCGCUGUGUGGCCAGUGGGCCUUGUCUUUUUGUCUCCCAGGUGACCCCAGGAGGCUCAGCUGCACGGGCAGGGCUGCAGAUGGGAGAUGCGAUUUUGGAGGUGAACGGAUGUCCUGUGGGUGGAGACAGUGACCUGGAUACGCUUCAGCAACUGGCUGAGGCAGAGCCACCCCUCCGCCUGAAGCUGGCACCUAGGAAUUCGCAGGGCUCAGAAGCCUGGAUUUCCUUGGAGUCUGGAGAGGACUGGCCUCUGGCUUCAGAGUUGCUAUAGGACAUCCCUGCUUGGCAUCGACUCGCCGAUUCUCCUGCCCUUGCUCUGCACACGGAGGUGGAGGGAGCCAGGAACAGUCUAAGUUGGAAGUGGGACCUGAAGGAUUCGGACACUACUGAUCGCAGGACUGCCAGGGACCUUCCUCUUUCUCAUGAGCCUACCCCCAGCAGAGGGGUGUAGACGGAGACCUCAGGCCGGCUAAUAAGGGAGCCUGAGACUCCACAGGAUGUUAUGCAGAAGUUUUGGGGAGCUGUGCCCCAAAGAUGAAGUUCUGUUCAAGAAGACGAGGCUGUGGAGCCACUUAGGACUGAAGCCAUUGAGAACCUAGGUGACACGUGAUGCUGUUGUCAUGCGGCAGAAGGACUGGGCCAUAUGUUCCUUCUACUGAUACCUAGGAAUCUUGGGAGCUGGUUCUUGGCUAUUGUAAUGUCCUGUUGUAGCCUUUUCCAGUUGGCCGGUGAGUAGGUAAAGCUGCUGUCUUCUAAGUCUGACAACCCGAGUUCACUCACUAGAACCAUACAGUAGGAGGAGAGAACCAGCUCCUGGAGGUUGUCCUCUGACAUCUAUAUGAGCACUUUAAUACACGUAUGCUACUGUUCAAAUAAAUAAAUAAAUAAAUAAAUAAAUAAAUAAAUAAAUAAAU